AUGAAGCUGUCGGUGUUGCUGCUGCCGGCCCUGCUGGCUCUGAGCUCGGCCAGCCUGAAGAACAUCGUCCUGAAGAGCUCUGAACACAGGAGAGUGUCCUUGCUGAACCCGGAGCUGGAGGAUCAGGUCCCUGAAGUGACGGGCUCCACUGUGGUGUCAGGUCCCCUCAGUCCUGUGGAACUGGAGCAGCAGGACGAUCUGCCUUCGACGGUUAUCUUUGGAGAUAACGUGAACCUGGAAUGGCUGAGCUGGCAGGGCUCCCUGCCCAACGGCGCAGUGGCCAUUUACAACGGCUACACCGAGCGCACCGACUACGUCUGCAAGUUCAAGUGUGAGGCUGGUUUCUACAACCCGAGCCUAGGCCCCUACUGUCGCUAUCCGUACGGGGACAGCGAGUAUUACGCCCCCGAAUUUGAGAUCCUGGCCAACAAAGACAACUUUGAGUUCCUGGAGUGGAAAGAGGGUUCCUACGGUUCAGUGCCGCAGCACUCAGUCAGAACCUGCCCCGGAGUGGGCAUCUACGUCGGGAAGAACAAGUACGGGCUGGGGAAGGUGGUGCCUCAGUUUGAAGCCUUCUUUUUGCCCUGGGAGGGGGAUGAGUAUUGGUAUAAGAGCUACCAGGUCCUGACCAUCAACAGAGACGCCUACACCCAGCACAUCAGUGAUGUGAAGUACGGCCUGGACGACGUGAACGUCUUCCAGUACCCUCCUGAGACCAUGCGCAUCUCCGGGGUCACCAACAACGAGUGCCAGACGGUGCAGCAGACCGUCACCAUCUCAAAGACCUCAGAGGUGGAAACGACCUGGAACAUCGGCCGUGCCACCAUGCUCGGCAUCACCGGCAGCAUCACGGCCAAGAUCCCCCUGCUGGGCUCCGGCGGCAUUGAACUGAGCGGCGAGAAGACGCUGCAGUUCUCCAGGGGAACCACCGUGGUGGAGUCCCUCAGCCACUCUGUGUCCGUGCAGCUCACCAUCCCACCAAACCACACCUGCAGAGUCCGGAUGGAGGGACGCAAGCUCAAAGCCGACAUCCCCUACACGGCACGCCUAAGCCGGACCUACCGCAACGGGGACACCCAGUGGACGUCCAUCUCUGGGACGUACGACGGAGUGCAGAUCGGGGAGGUCCGAGCCGUGGUGGACCGCUGUGAACCUGUGGUGGAUGCACAGCCUUGUCCAUGA